GCACGAACCUGUCAAGAUGAGACGCUGCGUUGCUGUUGUCCUGGUGGUUCUGCAGCUCUGCAGCCCGGCGCUGCAGUCCGACCUGCUGCUCCACAUCUCUCAGCUGCAGGGCGGCCAAGAGCAACCAGGAAAGCUAUGGCUUAAUCCCACUCUUGAAAACGUGGUUCCUUCCCGUGACGUCUCCAACCCUCCACAACUCAAAGAGUUACCUAAAACAGAAACAACAUCCAACUCCGACCCCAUGUUUGGUGAACACGUCAACCUCAAGUGGGUCACGUGGAAUGGCUCCCUUCCAAACGGGGCUGUUGCCAUCUUCAACGGCUACACAGAACGCACCGACUAUGUGUGCAAAGUCAACUGUGAGGCGGGCUUCUACACUCCUAGUAAAGGAAGCUUCUGCCAGUACCCCUAUGCUGAAAAAGAAUAUGCUUCCUCCAAGUUUGAGGUCCUGGUCAACGUAGACCACUUUGAGUUCCUGAUGUGGGUUGAAGAUUCAUAUGGGUCGGUUCCUCAGUAUUCCAUCAGAACCUGUCCCAACUCAGACAUCUACGUGGGUAAGAACAAGUACGGACUUGGCAAAGUGGUGACCCGACAUGAAGCUUUCUUCCUCCCCUGGGAGGGCGAUGAGUACUGGUAUAAGAAGUACCAGGUCCUUGCUAUCAACAGAGACAGCUACAGCCAGCACAUCUCUCACGUGGAGUACGCCAUCGACCAGAUGAAGCUAUUCCACCAUCCUCCAGAGGCACUGAAGCUCACCAAGGUCACCAACCUGGAGUGCCGGAAUGUAGAGAAGAAGGUGUCACUGGAGAAGACCACCACAGUGGAGAAGACCUGGGACAUUGGUAGGGAGACCCGUAACGGUUCUGUGUCCACUAUGAAAGCCAAAGUACCCAUCCUUGGUCCGGGCAAUGUGGACUUCACCAAGGAGCAGACAGUGACCUUCUCAGAGGGAACCACCGUGGUGGAGUCCAUCAGUCAUACGGUGUCUGUAGAGCUGAUGGUUCCACCAAACCACUCGUGCUCGGUGAGGAUGGACGGCAGGAAGAUGACGGCGGACAUCCCGUUUACCGGCAGGCUGAGCAGGACAAACCAUAACGGAGACACCCACUGGACAUACAUCACCGGCACCUACGACGGCGUGAAUGUCGGGGAGCUCAACGCUGUGGUGGAGAGGUGUCAGCCAGUGCCUGAUGCACCUCCCUGCCCCCCAUCUCAGUGA